AUGGAAAACAUACUGGCGAACUUUCACCGAGAUCUGGGAGCAAUCAGCUCUGACAUUCAGGACCUUCAGGCAAGAUCUAUGGCCAUGAAUCAGCGGCUCCAAAACCGCCAAGCUGUGCGCUGUGAACUGAGCCAAUUUUUGUCGGACAUGAUCGUUCCGGACUCGUUAAUUCAACAUAUUCUGCUCACUCCGGUAACGGAGCAGGAUUUUAUUGAAAAUCUGCAUGAAUUAGAUCACAAGCUGAAUGUGCUUGCUAAUCGAGGUGUAACUAGUUACCCCUCCUGUCAAGAUGUUGGGUCGUUGUUAAAUAAACUAAAAAUCAAGGCUGUUACCAGGGUGCGAGAAUUUCUCAUGGAAAAAAUUAAAACGUUGCGUAAACCAAUGUCUAACUACCAGGUUCCCCAGGCCCAGCUACUUCGUUUUAGGUAUUUCUACGAGUUCCUUCUUCUACAUGAAAGUGAUGUGGCUGGAGAAGUUAGGUAUACUUACACAUCAACGAUGGGGAAGGUGUAUUUUGCUUAUUUUAAAACCUAUGCUUCGAAGCUGCUAAAGCUACAAGUUGAUAGUAACCAGGAAAAGGAUGAUCUUGUUGGCAAGAAGACAGAUGACCUUGCUAAUUGUGCUUCGAAUACUAGUACAGCGGGCGUACCUAACGUCCUUCAGUCUCCUUCGGUCGCUUUGAGUCAGGCAUCUUCACGUCCCGGUCAGUUCGGCCUCGGUGACCGAGCGGAGCGUUUGUUAACAAAAGAGGGCCUCCAAGCUGCCAUUCUUCUUCCUCAUGCCGCCUCUAAGAACGACGCCAAGCUAUCACUUGAAGAGAUUUUCAGGUCGAUAAAUUAUGCCCUUCUGGAUACUGCUUGCCGUGAGUACGUCUUCCUCGAUGACUUUUUCCUGCAUAGCUUCGGAUCGCCAGUUUCUAAAAGCAAUGAUGUAAAGACAAGCGCUCAGGCAACCACUUCCUUGUUUGAUCAGGUCUUCAAUCGAACAGUUGAUGCACUUGAAACAAGUGUAAUGCCUCAGCUGAUUCACGUUGGGCAAUUUGAUCUUCUUGGACUCUUACUUUGUGUUCAACUUGUUCACUCGAUGAUUCAUUUGACAAUCGAAAGAAGAGUUCGUGUUCUCGAUCGGUACUGGUUUGGCCAGCUCGACAUUUUGUGGGGUCGCGUUGUGGACCGAAUGGAGGCGCAUAUCGUGUCCUUGCGUGUCUUGGACACUACGCAAUUCACACAGGCCGCGGCUCUUCACUUGCGUAUUCAGAGAGGUGGUGGUAUAAGCGAAGCGGCAGCUGUGGUCAACUUAUCUCCACGCGCCUAUAGCCUCAUUCGCCCACAUCCAGUGGCGCGACGCUAUGCCGAAUUAGCCGCUAGCCUUCACACCAUCGGCAGUGCUCUGUCAGAAUCAGAGUCUUUUAAAGAGAGCGUUGUUGUGACAGAACAAACGGAAACUCGUGUUCUGGAUUCCAGAGUAUUGCAAGCCCUUUCUCGCAUGCACGCGGAGUUUGAGGCAGUGUGUUACCGCCUCGCCAAGGCCCUGCCCCGCAACCGUCUUCGACUUGUUUUUCUCAUCAACAAUUUCGAUCUGAUCAUCAGUGUCCUCUCAGAAAAAGGUGCUGGUAACUCUCCGGAGGUGAACCGAUGUCGGGAAGCUGUUGCAAUGCACACGACAGCCUACAUCGAUCAGGCGCUGCUCCCUUACUUUGGUAGCAUGAUCAGUUUCAUCCAAUCAGUGGAGAAACGACCUCCCAACGAGGUGCCUGAUAGAAGUGAAGAAGGUCGAGUUACUCACAUCGUUAAGGGAUUCAACAUUGAUUGGAAAAAUUCUAUUGAGAAAAUCAAUGGUGAAAUCAUGCUCGAGUUCGCUAAUUUCACUCUCGGAACUCAGGUUUUUCACGCACUUCUUUCACAGUUUGUUCAAGUGUAUCAUCGCUUCCACAAGGUUAUGACUCUUCCUCCAUAUAAAUCAAUGCCAGUGCGUAAUCAAUUGGUCAGCAUUCCGCAAAUCAUGAACGAGAUCAAAGGCUUCAAACCAACCUUUUAA